AUGGAUCAAUUUUGUGCUAAAAUAGUCCAAAGCAGGAACAGAGAUCAGUUAGCGCCUUUCCUUACCGUUGGCGAGACUCAAUAUGCCUUCAUUGCUCAGAAUGGUUUAUAUUUUGGAUGCACAUCGUCAUCCGAUUUCGCCCCAGCGUUCACCAUAGAAUUACUCCAGAGGAUUGCUACCGUAAUCAAAGAUUGUUGCGGUGAACUAUCAGAAGAAGUUAUACGGGCCAAUUUUGUUUUCAUCAAUGAAAUCAUCUUGGAAAUCUGCGACUUUGGCUACGUACAAACUACUUCAAUUGAUGCGCUAAAGCCGUGUAUUUAUUCUGAUGUUGAAAUGGUUAAACAACCUGAAGGUAGCAAAGAAGUGUACGUAGAUCUGCGAGAAAAAUUAAACGUUGUCUUUGGUGCCAACGGUAGCAUCAUUAACUCAGAAAUUAAUGGCUGCAUUGAAAUUAAAAAUUAUGUCCAAGAUUCUCCAGAAAUUAACUUAGGAUUACCUGAUGAUCUGGUUAUUAAUUCUAUCGAUCGAUUAGGAUAUGAUCAUGGCAUAUGUUUAAAUGAUUGUAACUUUCACGAAUCCGUAGAAUUGGAUCGAUUCGAGAAAGAACGCGUCAUUAGUAUGAGACUACCGGAAGGCGAGGCAACCGUCAUGAAUUAUCGAAUUUCUGGUAUUGAUAGCAAUUGCUGUCCUCUACGUUUAUUUCCUUUCAUUGAACAAUCCGCUAGUGGAAAUUAUGCUAUGAACGUUAUAGUCCGAAUGCCUGUACCUAAGGCGACGACAAGUGUAUCAUUGCCAACAUCUCGACCUGGUCAAAAUUUGGAAUAUGUAUCGACUAGUAAAAUUUGUAUCUGGAAAAUCAAUAGAAUUUAUGGCGGAUCUCAUACCGCAAUUUUUCUUAAAUUAAAUUCUGAUGAAUGGUCUAAAUCAUCACGUAAAGAAAUUAAUCCCCUCAGUAUCGAUUUCGAAGUACCAAUGUUUACCUGUUCAAAAUUUCGUAUCACUUACUUGAAAAUUAACAACGCUUUGAAAGGAUCAAACGUCAAUCGCUGGUUAAGACUCGUAACUCAUAGUGGAUCUUAUGAGAUAAGAAUGUGA